CAGUUUCGCAGCGGAGUUGGGAGGUAGCGCAGGUUUCUGGAUAUUUUACAAUCAUUUAUAACUAAAUAAAGCCAACAGUUCGAGUGAAAACUUAACAUCAUUGACUUGUUUUUCCUGAGAAGCGGACGCGAACUACCCAAAAUGCUGCUGCUCUGCCUGCUGGGGGUUUCGGCUCUGCUUCUGCACGCAGAGGGCAGACGCGCGGAAAUGACCAUCGCCAAUAACAACAAUGGACAUUCACUGGACAAUGACAAAUGGUUGAGCACCGUCUCCCAGUACGACAAGGACAGAUACUGGAACAAAUUUCGAGAUGUAAGUUACUGGGAUUACUUCAGAAACUGGAGUCUCGGCCAGUCGCUUGACCAAGAGACGGACGUGAGGUCCAGCAGGCACGGCGAACCCGGGUCCAAAGGCCUUGCAGCUCCCGGCAAGUGGAGAUUAGAGGACGGACUGGAUGCCACCAAAGACCCCUGCUUGAAGGUGCGCUGCCCCGCCCACAAGGUGUGCGUCACCCAUGACUACCAGACCGCCAUCUGCAUCAGCCACCGACAGCUGCCAAACAGUGCAAAGCCCAGGAGAGGUGGCCUGCCUCAUAAACACUGGAUGGGUGCGGUGCAUCAUGGGAAAUGCAGAGCGUGCCCCGUGGUCCAUCCCAGCUCAGUGUGCGGGUCAGAUGGGCACACGUACUCAUCCAAGUGUAAGAUGGAGUUCCAGGCGUGCACCUCAGGAAAGACCAUCUCUCUAAAGUGUGAGGGACCGUGCCCCUGUCUUCCCGGGCAGGAUGCUGUCAAGACCCGGAGCGAGAAGAACACUUGCAGUGACCAGGAUCUCAGAAGCUUGGCCUCCCGGCUGAAGGACUGGUUUGGCGUUCUGCACCAGGACGCCAACAGGGACCUGAAGUCCACCGCCACGUCAGACGCAGUCCAAGGCCGCUUUGACACCAGCCUCCUGCCCAUCUGCAAGGAUUCGCUGGGCUGGAUGUUCAACAAGCUGGACAUGAACUACGACCUCUUGCUGGACCACACCGAGCUGAGCGCCAUCUACCUGGACAAGUACGAGCUGUGCAUGAAGCCGCUCUUCAACUCCUGCGACUCCUACAAGGACGGAAAGCUGUCAAACAACGAGUGGUGCUACUGCUUCCAGAAACCCGAUGGACUUCCGUGCCAGAAUGAGUUGAACAGGGUUCAGAACCAGAGCCGACGGAAGCCUCUGAUAGGUGGAUUCAUCCCCAGGUGUAAUGAGGAAGGCUACUUCAAGCCUACUCAGUGCCACGGCAGUGUGGGUCAGUGCUGGUGUGUGGAUAAGUAUGGGAACGAGAUCGCUGGAUCCAGGAAGCAGGGCCACCCGAACUGUGAUGAGGACCUGGAGAGCUCUGGGGAUUUUGGCAGUGGGGGGGCAGUGAUCCUGCUGGAUGACCAGGAGGAGGAGCCCGAGGUGGCAGGGGGCCGGCAGAAGGAGCGAAGAGGCCGCAUCCACCCGCGGGGGGCCAUCGAGGACGACGAGGACGGCGAGGAUGACAAAGAUGACGAGACUGGCUAUGUGUGGUAGCUCCGCCCCCUCCCCUGACAACAGCUUUCCAGGGACUACCAUUAUCUGAAAAGAUCUAAAGCCAUUCCAGCGUCCUCUCCCCUUCUUUCUUUCCAUCUCUCUUUCUCCCUCCCCUUUUCCUGCCAUCCCUUAUUCACACCUUCCCUCCUACCCUUCCUCGGUUUUAUUUUCUUUAUUCCCUCCAUCCUGUCUUUCCGCAUCUAUUAUGUAAUCUCCUCCCCUCUCUCCCUACCUCCCAUUCUCUUUCUUUCUCACGCCCCCUGUUCCAUUUUUCCUUUCCUUCCCUCUCUCCUCCUCUCCCCCAGCCCCUCUUUGUCUUCCUUCAUUCCUCCCUCCCUCUCCAACAGAAGAUUGAUCCCAACAUGCAGAGACUCUAUUCCCCAGAGUUUGACUCCCUCUCUCUAAUGCCCCCCCCACCCGAAGCUUUGCUCCCAGUCUGUAGUCUUAGAGGCGAUGGCUGUACGUACAGUAGUGUGAGAGCUGGAUGUGUUAUGUGUCGUACUCUCUGGGCCCGAGCGGUUUGGCUCUCGAGGACUCUGAAGGAAUGAAAUAGCGCCCCCCAAUGGGCUCACGGAGGAGAGACGUUCUGGCUGGCAGCUUGAUUCCCAUCCGUCUCUCACUUUAAAAAAAAAAAAACCUUAAAAAAAACACAAAAAACUAAAAAAAAAUGUUUUGUUAUAAGCCAUUAUUGCUGCUGCAAAGGUUAUGUUCUAUUACUGUGAGAUACAGUUUCUAUAUGUUCCUCUAUGUCUCCUUUGCUAAGUGCAUUCUGGGAAAUCUGCCCCCACCCCAAUGCACACACACUCACUCAAAGGCUUUGAGGAAAAAAAUUGAUUGUGCUGAUUUUAAUGUAGCUUUGCUUCUGUUUUACUUGUGUAUAUGUAGGAUUCCUGAUGGAGGUUUGGCCUUCAGAGCAAGUCCUUUGUCCCUGUGUCUUUCUUAACAGUAACCUGUUCAGACCACGAGGAAUAUUCCAGAACAACAAACCAAAAACAAUAAAUAAUCCAGUGCACCCACAGUCACAUCGACCCUUUCAUGUCACCUCCAGCGAACAAAUCGUGUUCCAGAAUGUAACCUCCCCCUCCGUCUCGAGCAGGAAGUCGUGCUUCUGUCAUACCGGACUUUUCCUGCCCAGACCAUGACUGGUCUGAAGGGGUGUGGUCUCAGGUGGGUCAGGUGCUGAUUGGUUUGACAUCACCUCGGCAACCAUCUGUUAUAAUGAGCCUGGCUCAAGUACAGAGAUAUAAAGGCCUCUUCUUAGGCCUGUAGCCUUUUAAAAACAAACUAGGAUGCUUUAUUGGGUAUGGCUUGCAUAUAAAGCUUCAAGCACAUAUCAGACCUGUGUAAGUGUUAGCUUAUGUUAAGAAGAGGAUGCAGACAGUCUAGGAUAACUGGCCACAAAUGAUUCCUCCAAAAUGAUACCGUAUACAGAAACUUCAAAGUGUGUUCCCAAGUAACCACGCUUGCAUAUCAAAGGUUUUUAAAUGAAUGUGCACUUUGGUCGGACUGGAAAGCAGGUAGCCCUUCAAUGCAUGUUAUGUAUUUCAAAAGACAGCAAUUCAUAGCAGCGGCUUGUUAAAUUUCCAUGUUUUUUUUUUCUCCCUUCAUCAAUCUGGACAAAUAUGCUAUCGACAGAGAAAUAAAAACAACACCGGGAGGAUUUAAAGGUUGUACAGUAUUUCCGUCAGUGUAGUGCAUGAUUAAAAGGCAUGCCGCUCUCGGCAGGUCCCCACGAUGAAAUGCUAAAUUAUUCAUGUGUGAGUCACAUAACCCACCCUUUGGGCACACACACACGCACACACGCGUGUACGCACACGCAUACACGCACGCGCACACACACACACACACACACACACACACACACAUUCUGUAUGUCUGUCUGUCCGUGCUGGAGGAGAACUUGACUGGUUUGUUACAAAAAUCUGUCUGUGCGAUGCCAUCUGUACAAAAUCCUUUUUUCAAAUGAUCUUUGUAAAGCACAAAUGUAUUCUCAUUUAAAUUAACAACAACAAAAAAAAAACAGGAAAAAAGAUGUGCUUUAUAUUGGAGUGCUGUGAUUAUCGGUUUUGACUGUGCUCUGCUUUUGUAUCUACUUUUAUUAUUUUUUGCAAAGGAUUGUGGGACUGAGGUGUGAUCCAUUGGGCCUGCAUACAUUUCAGUGGUUUAGUGCUUUUAAAGAGUCUUAGCCCAUUUCAUUUGCGUCUUGUGUUGCGGUAUGGCAUUGUAAUGCAUAUAAUGUAGAAGCACCCCCCCUCCUCCCCCCACAACCCCACACACAAAACACACUGAAUCUGUGAAGACGAAUAUAAAACUUUAAAACUAAUUUUCCAAAAAAAAAAAUGUAAUUUUACAUUUGUUUUCAUUUGUUUUUUACUAUUCAUAAUUUAUGCCUACUCGGUUUUGAAACCUAGCGCCAUAAUGCGUUUCCCGGUCAUAAAUACAUAAUUUUUUUUUUGCCUGUGUCUAACGAAGCCCUGCCCCUCGCAUGGUCUCGCCCCCGCUCCCCGAUUGAGAAGUUCCUCCGUUUCUUCGGCUGAUGGUGAGAAAAGGGUUCUAGCUGAGAGAUUAAUCACGGCAGCCGCUGGCUCUGGGCUACGGCAGGGCGGCGUGUCCACGCGCAGCCCGAAUCCUCUGCUGGCGUAGCUGGCGGUUUGCUGCGGCCGCCGUUCUGAAAUGGCUCAGCCGGAGGUGAUCGAUAUUUCUCGUUUGCCGCGCGCAGUAAUUACGGAGCGCUCUUUAAUUUAGCGAAGGGAAGGAACGGCGCUGACGCUCGGUUCAAUCCGCCAGUUCACCUCGGUCCGAACGGAGCGGCUUUAAUUAACAGCCACGGCGACGGGCGCCUCCUGUUUUUUCGCGGAGCUUUUCUCCUGGAGAACGGUUGGUCCCGCGUCUGCAUUCGCACCCGUGUGCGUGUGCGCACACCUGCGUCUCCACGUGCAGUCCUGUGUCUGCGCGCACACACACAUCAGUAUGCAUGUACACUCCUGCUUCUGUGUUCACACCUGAAUCUUCACACACACACACCUCAGUACGAGUGUACACUUCUGUUUCUGUGUUCACACUUGGAUGUGCACAUGCACACCUCAGUACGAGUGUACACUCCUGCUUCUAUGUUCACACCUGGAUCACCACAUGCAUGCACACCUCAGUAUGCAUGUGCAUACAGUCCUAUUUCUGCACACUACUGCAUAUUGUGUGCAUGCUCCCUACAACACUUUCGGGGGAAAUGGGAGUAAAGUUUAUCUGUGGCCUUAUCCCGUUAUUUUGCUGGCCUAGAGGUAAGCAUCGAUCCUCCAGCUCGCGCUGGCCGCGUCUCUGUUCGUCUCCGACCCUCAGCCGGCGGUGAGUGGUGCAUGAUGGGUAAAGGCCAGUCAUUACCCGCUGAGCAGGCAGCGCAGAAACAGGCUCUUCGCUGACGGUCCCCUGACGACUGUCUACCUGCGGUAAGAGGCGGGGGGGGGGGCGGGGGGGGGGGGGGGGGGAGUGAAACUCAUCCCCCGUUAGGCAUGUGGAGGGUCCCCUCUCCUCUGAGAGCUGAGGACGUGACGAUGGAAAGCGCUCCCCGUCCGACCUGCCAUUUCCUCCGAAAGGAGCAGGUAAUCAGAGGCUGCAGCCUCCACGCUUACCUGUCCCCCUGGAGUGGGCGGCUAAUGGGCCCUCUCUCCGUUUCUAUAUCCCCGUGGCAACCGUGACAUCACAGUCAACAACAGGCUAGCGAGGGCAACGUGCCCCAGCUCCGCCCACUAAGCUGAGCCGAGAGACUCGGCCCACCAACCGUAAAUGCGGGGGGCGUGAGGUUUGGCUAAUCUUGUGCCGCUUUCUCGCCUCAGAGGGCUGUGAAUGUCAGGUGAAAUUACCUGUAAUCCAGUCUUCCUUUCCGGAAUCAAGUUUGUGAGUCAGGCCGUCUCAGCAGUUGCCUGCUAUAUUUCUUUUUUUUUUUUUUUUUUUCUCGAUAAUCUGUCUAUAUUUUUAUGCUGUGCCAGUUCAUUGGCCUGGCUUGCAUGCUGGGGUCGGGGAUAUGUGUAGGUGCAGUACUUUACUGGACUUCCAGUCUGCGGUGGAUAAAGACAGGCACCUCGGGAGCAACAUGGUUGCUGUGAGGGUGGCGGUCUCGCCAUCUUAGGUCCAUUUCUGAACCAAGCAGUACCGAACAAAACAAAGCAGCAUUUCAAGUUCCUGUGCUACCCCAUUUAAGUCAGCUGUCUUUCGCCUUGUACUCUGGCUGAUAUGCAUUUCUUGGAGAACAUAGCUCUCCUUUAGAGUCUACGGCGGAUGCUAAAUUUAUAGUAUAAUAUCAUAUGUGCAUAUGUGUGUGUGGGGAGGGGUUUAAGGAUUAUCUUGGUGGCGGUGUGGGUGCAAUCUGAUUAACAGCCACUGCAUCCCUCAUGGUUUCUUGUACUUCCUGACCUGAACACUAACCUGAGAGGGGGGGGUGUCAGGGGUCAGGCAGACGACCCCCUUAUCCCACUCCAAACUGCUGACUGUUCUUAUGAGAAGCUGUGUGCACACAACGCAGACACGCCCUUGUUAUAGGUUAGCAAGCACAUUUCUGUUGCAGGUCCCAAUGUGUCUCACUUCUGUCACUGCUCACAGUGUCUUUAAAUGGCAGAGUCACACUGAAACCGGUCGGAGGAGCCAAACACAGACACACACACACAAAUAUACCAAUACACACACACACACACACACACACACUGCAUGUUCGAGACAAAUGGAAAUGUUCAUCUUUAGCCGGCUGUCCCUCGUAAACAAAAGAGAAGAGAAAUAAAAAAUGAAGGACAGCUGUGCAAAUUGUUAUUUUUCUGCUGUGUCUCACCCUGUCAUUUCCUCCGCGCAUUAUUCUUUUGUUUCAGGCAUCGAAAAACUUUCAAACUCUAAAGCGGAUUUAUUGUAAGAGAUGUGUAUAAAUUCAGCCGCGCACCCGUUUCAGUCCCAUGGCAGUCUGUUCUUCUUGUGCCGCAAACACCCCCAUCCCGCCCCCCACCCCCCCCCCCAUGUCUCAAGUCCCGUCUACCUGCCCGACAAGCAUCUCUCAUUUCCAGAGUGCAAUAACUCUCCUUGGUUCCUAUUCUGCCCAUUUUUAACCUCUUCAAUAUUAUUGACACACACACACACACACACACACACACCAAUAACAUAAAUGGCCAUAUUUGCAGAAGUCUUUGUUAAUUCUAUAUUUUUUACUUUGUAAAGAAAAACAGAAAAACGAUGUAAUAUAAUGCCAUGUAAAGGCUCUGUGGCUGUGUUUAUUUGCAUUAACGAGGUGUAUAAUUGAUAGUCUUAAAUGUAGUUAUAGAUCUGUAGCUCUUCACAUAUACAGUGUAGUGAGUUCUGAAUGUUUUUUCCCUUCUGGAGUUAAAAUGGAAUGUUGAUGUUUUUGGCUGAAUUUCUGAUUUCAAUGUAACGGUUCCACUAUGUUUGUCUGAAUAAAUUUGAGUCUGUCCUG